GCGCAAAUCGUAAUAUUUUAACAGCAUUGUACUUUAAACCACAUUUCUAUGACCAGCACACCACAGGUCAACGAAUCCUACCGCCGGUGGGCACAGGUGUCCGAGCGUUUGAAGGUUCGUGUGGUGGUUUCGUGCCUGCCGUAGUUUGCAUCAAUUAGUCAAUCUAUUUCAUUUUACGCACGCUCCACAAAACAAUUGCCAUUGAUGAAGGCACAUAGUUCCGUGAGAAAACGGUUUGCCUGGGAUGGAUGAUGCUGGGCUAGAUUUAAUAUAGCUGUUGCAUCCAGUGCCUCGUAAUCAGUACACUGGUGUAGCUCGCACAAUCCACAGCGCGGUUUGGAAGGAUCCGCAAUAAUAAGUUUGAAAAAUCGGUUGUGCUAAGUGAAAUAUCAUAGCUAUGUUUAAAUUGGCAGUGUUUGGUAUCGUUCUGGCGAUUAUUAGUCACAGCAAUGCUCAAUGUCCCGAUAAUCCGUGCGGGAUACAGGCCUCGUGCCGGUUAAACUCCGCCGGGAUUCCGGUAUGCUCCUGCCCGUUCGGAUACUUGGGCGAUCCGUUCAAAGAAUGCGUACGGCCAGAGUGCGUGAGCGACGGUGACUGUACCGAGUUCCAGGGCUGCCGCAAGGGAAAAUGUGUCGAUCCGUGUAUUUACAGCUGCGGUACCAAUGCGGCAUGCUCGACCAAACAUCACGUUCCGGUUUGCUACUGUCCCGAAGGUUCCACCGGCAGUCCAUUCGAGCGAUGUGAUCCGUUGUAGAAGGCGCGCAGUUUCGGUUCGUGUUUGUUAAAGUUAUGUUUGUAAAUGAAUACCAUUUAAUGAAAAUCGAUACAGUUUUGUUUACCA